AACGAGAAGCAUUGAGAGUAGCGAAGGCAUUCAUUCACCGUUGCCAGACACGGGACGGAGUCGCGUGUGUCCAGCAUUAGUGCAGGUCGUCGAAGAGCCCACACGCGCUGCUCGACCAAACGAUUUUUGCCAUAGAGAAGCUAUCCCUCGCAUUUCGCAGAUUAGCUGCUAGUAGACGCUUUUGUACCCGCCAUUGCUGAUCGCAGCAUUGAACCCCCAGUCGUCUGGCGUCCGUUUCGACUCAAGAAUCACCCCAGUCGCCUGACAGUGGGCUCAUGGGCUCGUGCGCGGCUGGGGCCUGCGUCUCCCCUCUCGACGCCAUGGCGGCUGAUAGGCACCUGUACAGCUGCGCGCACACCAAGGAGACCCUCGCUACAGUCACCGCGCUUCACGACGCGGCAAUGGCUGGUCCCAGUAGUGGUGAGCAGACGGGGCAGGGCUCGCUCUUCUUCGAGUUGUUCGACACAGGAUCACGCGACGCAGGGAGUGGUGCGAUGGCCGCUGGCUCACAAGUCACGGAGCAGGAUCGCCAUAACGGAGGAGCGUUUUCAGCGCAGGGUGCGAGCGCGUGGGACGCGGCGGCAUCGUACGCGCUUGGCGACCGUUCUCGCAGUUACGGCGCUGCAAGUGCGCUAUCAACCCGAGCCUCGGUAUUGGCGGCAAGAAUGACCUUUUCGAACUCCGGCCCGCCUAGUCCGCUCUCUCUGGACGGCAAGCCACGCUCGCCGGAAGAUCGGGUCAGUAACGCUCCUUUCGCGCGCGUUCAGCAUGGCGCUUGUGUGGCGGCGGCGGCGGCGGCACCGGCCUCGGACCUAUCGGCGGAGCAAGGCGGGAUCGGCGGGAAUGAGGAUAUGGCGGAGGAGGAGAUGCGUGAGGGCGGAGGGGCCCUGGAGUGGCGGCGAGUGGUGGCGAUGCUGAUGUCCGACACGAAGCACGCCGUGUGCGCCGUGCACGGCGGGAUGUGCGGGCAGGGCGGGCGGGAGGAGCAGCAGCAGCACGACGAGACGCGAAACCCGCCGGUGUACGAGCUGACGCAUCGAGAAGAGGCUCGGAAUCGCGAUGAACAUGAUCGCCCGCACUAUCAGCAUGUUCAGCAGCCUCCGCAGCUGCUUGAGAACGAGGCGGCGCAGUGCCAUCAUCACGUCUGCCAUGCGGACCCGCUCGCCUCAUCGCCGCUCAAGCUCGUUGUGCCCAUGCCCCGGUUCCGGUGCUCCGCGGUGGUUGGCACAGCCUGCAUCAACGAUGCCAUGGGCGGGGUAUCCUCCAGCAAUCAGGCCGCGCACAGCCAGCUCCACGCCACGCGUCACCUCCAAACCCCACGGCGCCAACUUCAAGUCACUUAUUCUCCCUUAUUCUCCACCCCUGUCGCUCUCCCACUUUCGUACGAUCAAGCGGAUUUCGCCAGCGACACUGACGGUGCCACGACGUCGCACUUAAUCUCCCCUACGGCGCCGCACAGCCCCUGCGGCAAGGCUGACUUCUCCCUCUCCCACUCGACCCCCGAGCCCGUUGCGACGCCCGAAUCUGUUGCUACAGCGCCCGCAGGCGGACAGGUCUCUGCGUGGGUGGCCAACGCGGGGAGCCCACGGGCUUACGCUAACACGCAGUUCGCACCACAGCCGUCGCCGCUACAGCCGUCUCCUAUGCUACAGCCGUCUCCUGUGCUACAGCCGCGCUGUGUCCCGCUUGGAAACAGCGAGCCGAGUCCCGAGCUGCUCAAGCUGUCGCUGACGGAUGCUGGCCCGCAUGAGCUACAUGGCGCGGGGAAACCUGCCCCUGGCGGGUGGCGAAGCAAGUCAAAACGGCGCGACGAACUGACCGUGGCGUCACCUCGCGUUCAAAUAGCGUCGUUCGGCGACGGGAUAGCGUCGCCUAGCAACCAGAUGGUCUCGCCUGGCGGCGAUGUAACAUCGCCUGGCCUGCAGUCGCCGCCGACCAUCCUGCUCGACGACGUGAUCGCGGACAGUGGGCGAGGCGCACCAAAGCGAAGGCGCGGACAAUGCGGCUCUUGGGAGGCUCGCGCAGACGGCGCUUCCCCCAGCCCCCGUAGGGCGGUGGUUGCGGAGAAGGAACGGGGCGCGGGAACAGGCAGUGCAACACCCGCUCCGUUCGAGGGGCCUGAUUGGCUGCACCACCUGCAGUCGGGCAAACUGCAAGCCCUUCCCAUCAUGCUAAGGAUGGAGACGACAAAGGAUAGAAUUUCGCUACUACGUCAGCUCGUAGCACCAACACUGACGAAGGGAGACACGGCGACGGUGCUGGGCGAAGUCGAACAGUUCGUGAGGGCCGUCUACGAGAAGCUCAAGGAGAUCACCAACGGUCACGAGCAGCACGCCGCGUUUCCCGCCAACGAAAAUUGUGGGGAGUGGGGCGCUCCGGUUGGUUGCGAGGCGGGAAAUGACUUCAGAAUGCUGGAGGGAGCAGUUGGCCGACGCGAUGGCGUGGGAUUGGCGGCGAAAGGAGUGAUGCUGGUUACUAGACGAACAGCAGAAAACUUCGUGAAGCAGGCGACAUCUUCCCGAAAGCUGUAACCAGUCGAACGAGGUUUGGUAACUAGGUGAACGAGAAGCACACUUUUGCUCCUGGUUCAGCUAGUUACCUCACCUCACAACAUUUAUGCCUUUUAUUUUAGAACAGCAACUAUAGGGUUUGGUGAUAGAAUCCGCUUACCAUGUGACAGCUAAUUGGAUAUUUUUCGUUCCGCAAAUCAUGACAGUUAAUUCUUUGAAGAAAUGUUUUCAUCGUGUUUUGUUUCUUAUGAAAGAC